AUGGCUAACGCGGCGUCUGGAAUGGCUGUUAACGAUGAAUGUAAAUUGAAGUUUCUAGAGUUAAAAGCGAAGAGAAACUAUCGUUUCAUUGUGUUUAAGAUCGAGAACCAAGAAGUUGUGGUGGAGAAACUCGGAGGUCCGGAAGAAACCUAUGAAGACUUCAGUGCAUCUCUGCCUGCUGAUGAGUGUCGCUAUGCUGUUUUUGAUUUUGAUUUCAUCACUUCUGAAAACUGCCAGAAAAGCAAGAUUUUCUUCAUUGCAUGGUCUCCAGAUAUAUCAAAGGUGAGACAUAAGAUGGUGUAUGCUAGCACCAAGGACAGAUUCAAGAGGGAACUUGAUGGCAUUCAAGUUGAGUUGCAAGCAACAGAUCCAAGUGAAAUGAGCUUUGAUAUCGUUAAAUCACGAGCACUAUAA